AUGACACCCCAACAACAACAGGAAAUCAGCACCUCCGACGACGACAAUUUUGUCAAACCGUUGGUAGCACGCAAAGUAACUCCCUCCCAAUUGGUGGAAUGUGGACAACGACUGCGUGCCGGUGACUUGGUGGCUUUUCCCACAGAGACUGUCUACGGUCUGGGAUGUCAUGCCUUGGAUCCAUCGGCCGUCCAAAAGGUAUUUGCGGCCAAGGAACGACCCUUGACCGAUCCACUCAUUGUACACGUUGCCAAAACACAAGACGCCAUGCCAUUGUGGAAACAACAAGACGACAACAACAAUAAUAAUGAUAAUGCCACCAAAAUUCUACAAGUACUCGCCGAUUCGUUUUGGCCGGGCCCCUUGACAUUGGUCGCACCGGCGGCACCCCAUGUUCCUCCCAUUCUCAUGGCGAAUACGGGGUUUGUGGCAUGCCGAUGUCCCUCCCAUGCAUUGGCACAAGCAUUGAUUCAAGAAGCGCAAGUUCCCAUUGCGGCUCCGUCCGCCAACAAAUUCGGACACGUCUCGCCCACUCGAGCCGAUCAUGUCAUGGAUGAUUUGGGACAUGAAAAUGUAUGGGUAUUGGAAGAACAGCAACAACAACAACAGCCAGCCUGUCAAGUAGGAGUCGAAAGUACCGUGGCCAAAUUGGAGAUACAAUCAACAACAGCUGAAACAACCACAACACCAUAUUAUGCUCUUACCGUACUACGACAAGGAGCCAUUGCCGUGCAAGAUUUGCAAGAGUCCUUGACAAAAGCUGGAAUCCAAAAUGUUCAAGUAUCGAGUCUCAGCAGUCGCACUGUCGAAGAAACCGAGGCGACCGUGGCACCAGGACAAACUAUCAAACACUACGCGCCACGAAUUCCAUCCUUUUUGAUAGCACCCAACUUGUUGUUUCAAAAAGAACAAGACGCCCACGCCCAACUACAAUUGCUGGCCCAACAAUCCAUUGUAUUGGACUUUGGUGGAAAAUUGGUGGCAUUGGAAGCCCAUGCCAAGAACUAUCGCGAUUUGAGUCCGUCGGGGGAUUCCUCCCAAGCGGCACAAUGCGUGUUUGAAGCAUUGCGAUGGGCGGAACAGGUAGAACCAGCAACAACACGGACCAUUGUCUUUCCGCAAGUGGUGAGCAACAACAAUGAUGAUGAUGCCUUGACGCUGGCGCUUCAGGAUCGAUUGACCAGAGCUGCCAGUGGCGUCGUUUUAGACUCGGUGGAUGCGAUUGAAAAGGUGUUGAAGCAGCAGCAAUUGCAAUAA